AUGCCAGGAAAAAUAAGCCAGAAACAGACGGACAAGUACCACAGGUACUUCAAUACCCCUUAUGUGAGGUAUAGUAAACUGAAAAGCUCUACUGCCAAAUCAAUAAACAAGAAAAGUCAGAGCCAUCAGCGAUUUCUGGCCUCCACAUGUGAAUGCGGGCUCCCAAAGCUCAGUCCAGCAGAUGCUGCCACCGCCAUUGUGAUGCUGAGGAGCUGGGAGACACAAGGAGCAGCCAUCUGCCACGGCUGCCACUACUUCAGGGGAACAAGGACACAGGAUUGGGCCCAGAGAGCUGAGGCAAGAAAAAUUCAGGGGGCCCGAAAACCCAGCGCUGUGUCGUCGGUCGACGUUUAUCUAGAAACGGAGAUAAGGCCUCCGCCAUAUGUGCCCUCCUUACAAUCCCCUGCGAGGAGAGAAGCUCCCACAGGUGAACCGAGAGGAUUAAGAGGGCCAACGGGAACCGACCGUGAGGGGGGACCAGCAUUGGGGACCCGGGGGAAAACUAAGGGAGAUAGGGGUAAGCAAGACCCUGGGGACCCAGAGUUACCUUCAUCCACUGUUCAGGCGCUCCCCGUCCGAGUGGGACCAACUAACCCGGACGGAGAGCGAACCUAUCAGUACUGGCCCUUUUCCACGAGUGACCUGUACAAUUGGAAGACCCAAAACCCUCCUUUCUCAGAGAAACCCCAAGGCCUCAUUGACCUCUUAGAUUCCAUUUUGUUCACUCAUAAUCCCACCUGGGAUGACUGUCAGCAGCUAUUGCAGGUGCUCUUCACCACGGAAGAACGGGAGCGAAUUCUGGCAGAGGCGCGGAAACGGGUACCAGGGGUCGACGGGAGGCCAACUGCCCAGCCUCAUCUUGUGGACGAGGGGUUUCCUCUGUUGCGGCCUAACUGGGAUUUUGAGCGGGUGGAAGGUAGGGAGCGUCUCCGAGUGUACCGCCAGACUCUAAUGGCUGGCCUGCGGGCUGCAGCAAGAAAGCCGACAAAUCUGGCAAAGGUAAAUUUAGUAAGGCAAGAGCCCACUGAAAGCCAGGCAGCCUUCCUAGAGAGGCUGAUGGAAGCUUUCAGGCAAUAUACACCUAUGGACCCCCAGGCUGAGGAGUCAUGCGCUGCAGUUCUGUUAGCGUUUGUGAAUCAGGCAGCCCCAGAUAUUAGGAAGAAAUUAUAAAAGGUAGAGGGAUUAGGAGAACAGACAAUACAGGAUUUACUGAAAGUAGCUGGAAAGGUAUUUAAUAAUAGGGAGACCCCAGAAGAAAGGGAAGAGCGAAUUCGGCGGGAGGAAAGGGAAUUAGCGGAGAAGAUCAGGAAAGAAGAUAGGGAACAUAGGGCGAGGGAAAACCGGAAGAACCAGAAGGAGCUAGCCCAGAUUCUUUUUGCGGGGAUAAAGGCCGGAACAGAAUUGAGGGAACCUCGAGACCCCCGGACGGGAGAAAAAGAAAAACCAAAAAGGCAGGCCCUAAAGAAGGAUCAGUGCGCCUACUGCAAAGAACAGGGGCACUGGAAAAACGAGUGCCCUAAGAGGGACUCAAGGAGAAGAAUGACCCAGAGAGAGAAAAUCCCCCCUGGAACUCGAGUUCUAUAUGCGGGGGAAGACAGUGACUAGGGGAGUCGAGACUCGGCACCCCUCCCCGAGUCCUGGGUAACCAUACAUGUGGAGGGGAAACCCGUUGGCUUCAUGGUAGAUACUGGCGCCCAACACUCUGUUUUAAAUAAAAAACUGGGACCAAUGUCUAAGAAAACCAGCUUAGUGCAAGGAGCCACGGGGACAAAAAGAUAUUGUUGGACCACAGAACGGAAAGUAAAUCUGGGGACCCACCAGGUGUCCCAUUCGUUUUUGGUGAUACCAGAAUGCCCAGCCCCUCUACUUGGAAGAGACUUGUUGACUAAAGUUAAUGCUCAGAUCCAUUUUGAUCCCGGGGGAAUGUCAGUCACGGAUGGACUUGGACAACCGAUACAUGUCUUGUCCCUAGCCUUAAGAGAUGAAUACAGACUUUUUGCGCCUAAGCCCUCAGAGACCAUAGCACUAGAUGUACAACCAUGGGUCCAUAAAUAUCCAUUGGCCUGGGCAGAAACAGCAGGAAUGGGACUAGCCAAACAGAGACAUCCGGUCGUCAUCGAGCUAAAGGCCGAGGCAGUUCCUGUGAGGGUGAGACAGUACCCUAUGAGCCAAGAAGCUCGGCGGGGGAUCACUCCCCACAUUCGACAGCUCAUGGAGGCCGGAAUUCUCAGGCGAUGCCAAUCCCCUUGGAACACCCCCUUACUGCCGGUGAAGAAGCCAGGGGGGACAGAUUACAGACCUUUCCAAGACCUGCGAGAAGUCAACAAACGGGUGAGUGACAUACACCCAACUGUCCCUAACCCGUAUACCCUCCUGAGCAGUUUACUGCCUGAAUACACUUGGUACACUGUGCUGGACUUGAAGGAUGCCUUUUUCAGCCUACCCCUGGCAGUCCAGAGCCAGGAGAUAUUUGCCUUUGAGUGGACUGAGGGGGAGGGCCAACCGGUAGUACAAUUAACUUGGACCCGCCUCCCACAGGGGUUCAAGAACUCCCCUACCUUGUUUAAUGAGGCUCUGAGUGAGGACCUCUACGAAUAUCGGGCUUGCCACCCAGAGGUCAUUCUGCUACAAUAUGUAGAUGACCUUAUGUUGGCUGGAACCACAGAGGAAGCUUGCAGCCGUGCCACUGGGGACCUAUUACAGACCCUAGGCAUCUUGGGGUAUCGCGCUAGCGCAAAGAAGGCACAAAUAGCCCGGCAAGAGGUCACCUAUUUGGGGUAUAAGAUCAGGCAGGGGCAAAGGUGGCUAACCCAGGCCAUGAAAGAAACAAUAUUGCAGAUACCAGAGCCCAAAAACCCCCGCCAGGUGAGAGAGUUUCUGGGGACUGUUGGAUAUUGCAGACUGUGGAUUGUGGGGUUUGCUGAGAAGGCCCGGCCCUUAUAUGAGGGAAGUAAAGAGACCCCAAACUGGACUUGGACUGAGCCAAUGAAACAGGCUUUCCAGACACUCAGACGGGCCCUACUAGAAGCCCCAGCCCUUGCCCUGCCUAACCCAAAUAAGCCAUUCCAGCUGUUUGUAGAUGAAAAGCAAGGAAUAGGAAAGGGGGUCUUGACUCAACAAUGGGGACCAUGGAAGCGGCCGGUAGCAUACCUUUCGAAGCGAUUAGACCCGGUGGCCGCUGGGUGGCCCCCUUGCCUUCGCAUCAUUGCAGCUACAGCCCUCCUCAUCCGCGACGCUGACAAGUUGACGUAUGGACAGCAACUCUCGGUUUACACCCCCCACGCCGUAGAAGGGGUUUUAAAGCAGCCGCCGGGCUCUGGAGCAAGCCAAAGGGAAGAGAGUCACCAUUUUUACUGACAGCCGAUAUGCUUUCAGCACUGCCCAUAUUCAAGGUCCCAUAUACCAAGAAAGGGGAUUUCGGACAGCUGAGGGA